GCUCCAAUCUUGCCACAAAAUUCGCGUAAAUAUUUGAGAGGUUAUGUAUUGAAUCACGUAACAAACAUGAAAUAAGCAUUAUCAGUUUUAAUGUCACCUAAAGAGAUAUGGUUUUCGACAAGCCCUGUAGAACUUGUACAGAUUUUAAAACAUGGGCAAAAUUACAGAAGGAAACAUUCGAUUCAGAACAAAAAACAGAACAAAAGGUGAAAGAGGCUCAGGGCUCUGCGCACCAGGUAGAGUCUACAGGAGCAACAAAUAGGCGCAAUGAUUGUCCUCUUGAUAAAGAUGAGCUAGGUUCUAAAACGUGGGCUUUUCUGCAUACGAUGGCUGCCUACUAUCCUGAUAAACCAACGAGCGAGCAAAAGACGGACAUGAAGAACUUCUUCACUAUAUUUUCCAAGUUUUAUCCAUGUAAUACAUGCGCAGAGGAUUUGCAGGUGCAACUGAAAAAGUCACCACCACAAACUGAGUCCCAGCAUCAACUGAGCCAAUGGCUUUGCAAUAUACACAAUCAAGUCAAUGAAAAAUUAGCAAAGCCUUCCUUCGAUUGUAAUUUAGUUAAUCAAAGAUGGCGAGAUGGAUGGUUGAAUGGUUCUUGUGACUGAGCAAAUUACACAUUGCAAUUUACAGUCUUGUGAACUAGGUGCAUAAUGUUACUAACAUUAAAACAAUAUUGAAAUAGCCUUGAGAAAAAACUUCAAGUUAAUUAAUAACAGAAAUUCAGAAUUUUUACUCUUUCGUCAUUGGUACAAUUCAUCGGAAUUUCAUGACUGCAAGUACGUAUUGAGAAAUGUGACGAGGUACAGGAAAAAUUUUUAUUUAAAAUCUUAGCAUUUCUAGUAAGUUAUAUUCAUUUGGCUAUGGAUUAAGCUCCUUGUUAGUGCUCUCUUAGUGUGUACUCAUUCAAACAGAGCAAUAUAGGCUGAUAAGGUAAAUAAUCAAACCAUGGUUCCCGUUAUAAAUCAUGGAACUUGCAUUUAGAAAAUUUUGUGUCUUUUAUGUAUCUAGUUGUGAAAUUAUUAAUAUGAUAUUAAAUAUUCAAGUACCAUGAUAGUAUUGAUCACAUGUUCCACGUAUUUUACUUCAAACAAGUUGAGCUGAUUACUCUGGAUUUUUGUUAUUUCACUUGUCUACAAUUUAUCUACAAAGGUUUCAACCUUCGUGUAUUUUUACCUCGUUAGAUAUGUUAUCCUAACUGGAUUUGGCAUUACUUUCCUGAAUGUUCUGUGCUCAUUUCAUUAAGAAUUCUCAAUUUCGUUUCUGAAGAAACAACAGAAUUUUAUUGCGAUGCAAUGAUUAUGAAUAAAAAUGAUAAAAUAACAAGCCAUCAGGAAUCAUCGAGGCAUUUUUAGAGGAAUCUGUAAAGGAAUUUAGUCGUGAAAAUUGAUGCAAACAAUUAUGGAAUCGAAACACUACAGACACCCGAGUCCUCUGGUAUAAUUCAAAUUUGGUGAGUUUCAAUUGUAGUAUGCUAUUUAUAGAAAACGUUUUAUACGUAAUUAGUAUCAUGGAUGAGAUGAAAGCUUAAUUACAGCCACUACACUGUACACUAUACAUAUACAUGUAAUAAUGUUAAUACAUGUACGUUGUUCUUAUUAAUUGUGUAUAUAGUGAAAUAUGCGUAGCAUCUGACGUUCUAGUUUGCAAUAAAACUGAACAAAGCAAUUAAAAAAGGCAGAUUAAUUCUUCCUUGUAGUAAUUUUUGCCUUCAGAGAGUAAAUGCCAAAAUUCUAAAAAUAGCAGAAAUUGACGCAAUAAAGUAAAAGUUAGAGACAAACA